AGUAAAUCUUUUAUCUUUCCUCUUUAUUCAUGUUUCUUCUGUAAUUUACCUUGCAAUUAAAAUAUAAUUAGCAGAUGUGAAUGACUUCAUCAAGGCUAGCCCGAUCAAUACUGAGUCAGUAGUCAUUAUUAUGGUAUUUUUAGUUGUGUUCGAGUUAAGAGGCAGUGGAUUUGGUAGAAAAUAUUGGACAGAAGGAUAUGGUAUUGCUUAUGCAUCCACCAUAUUUAGAUCUACAUCUUAAAAGAGGGAUAAUAUCCUUACCUUCUAACUAAAACACUAUUGGGAUGAAAACGCAAGCACCUACUCCAUUGAUCAACUCCACAACACUCUGCCUUCAAUUUAGCUUCUAUAUAUGUUUAUCUGCAUUACUACCCCUCUUAAGUCAUCAUAUCUGGCCGAAGAAAUCUCAAAUCACCAAGCACACAGCAUUUCAUAUUAAGCCCCAAAUUCAUGGCAACUUUCACACCCCUGCUCUCCAUCACACUUCUAACUCUCACAAUCACCUUUUCAGCUGGUGCUCGAGCUCUUGACGAGGACAAACCUGUUCCCACCACUGUUCCCAAUGUACAUGAUUCAGUGACACCAUCCUUUGCUGGUGCAGCACCUGUUGUUGCUGCCUCAGCUACAGCCACUGGGGCAACAGUGGCCUCCGCAGACCCCCACCAUCCUCUUACUUUCUUCAUGCAUGACAUACUUGGCGGAUCAAACCCCUCAGCAAGAGCUGUUACUGGGAUUGUCUCCAAUCCAGCAGCCAGUGGUCAGGUGCCCUUUGCCAAGCCUAAUGGUGCAAACCUCCCAGUUAACAAUGGUGUUUCUGUCAACAGCAAUAAUAAUGGAAUCGUUAAUAACAAUAACGUCCCCUUUCUUACUGGCCUUGGCGGUAAGGCAGCCAAUGCAGCUCAAAACAAUGGAAACAACCCAAUAAAUAAUGGCUCUGGGGGAGUUGCAAUCCUGAAUGGAGGUCAACUCCCUGCAGGAAGCACAAUUCAAAAGUUCAUGUUUGGCACAUUGACUGUUAUAGACGAUGAGCUAACUGAAGGGCAUGAGCUUGGUUCAGGUUUGAUUGGCAAGGCACAGGGGUUUUAUGUGGCUAGUUCUAUUGAUGGGAACAGCCAGACCAUGGCUUUCACAGCCAUGUUUGAGAGCGGUGGCUAUGCCGAUAGCAUCAGCUUCUUUGGUGUACAUAGGACAGCUGUUUCCGAGUCCCACCUCGCAAUCAUGGGCGGCACUGGCAAGUACUUGAAUGCUAAGGGCUAUGCCAUUGUCAAGACAUUUCCAGCUACCAACCAGAAUGAAACUGAUGGAUUGGAGACUCUGCUGCAGUUCACUGUUUAUCUUGCUUACUAACAUGUUUUCGUUUGGAGGCAACUAGUUUGCUAAAAUAUAUGUGCAAGUUAUAUGAAUAAUGAAGGAUCUUUGUGAUUGAAAUAAAGGAAUCUUGCUUAAAAAUCUGGUUGGUAUAUACAAACUUUCAAGUGAGUAAAGAUUUUCUUUCAUGACUAUCUCCUUAAAAAUAACAUAAU